UUGUUAAUGCCUUGCAAAAUGUGUUUUACAGUAAAAAUUACUCAUAGUUUUUUUAUUACUUAAUAAUAAAUUAAAACAAAAAUGCAAUAAUAAAAUGUCACAUGGGUUAGCGAAAAACUAGGCAUUAAAUGGGCCAAAGAAAAUCUUUUGUCUCAGGUAUAACAGUCGACAUGAAAGGUUGCAAAGCCAUUCAAAACCACAAGUAUUAAUUGAUAAAGACUAAAUAAAGAGGAUGUUCGGCGGCUGGUGGUGAUUUCCACUAAGUCAGCCACAUUCCGCCUUUACUUGUGGCGUUGAGGAGGAGCUCGGUUGUUUAUUCAUUCACGUCAGCCCCUCUCGCCUUCCCUUCCCUCCUUCCUGCUACACACAACGGGGACCCACCGUUGUAACUGUUUUCCCAUAUUAAAAUUAACCACAAUCACGCCGCCACCAUAAACCGAUUUUGGAAUCAGAGUCUGCCCCAAGGAGUGCAUGCAGAAGGAGUAUGGAGCAUGCUCCAGUAUGUAGCACUUAUUAGGUGCCAGUCGUGGUCUGCUGUGGUCUUGCUGCUCGUCUGGCUAAAUGCUGUCCCUGCCAGCUUUUGAAGCUGUGUGAAGUUGUUACUAGUUGUCUGGAGGAGGCGAGCCGGCGCCUGGGUAGAUGUGAGCCCAAGGUAAUGGCCAGGCUGGUGGACAUAGGCACACAGACAGAUCCAGUAGUCGUGCUGUCCUUGGCCCAGGCCGCCGUGCUAGGUCUCAUCUCUCAGAAUGAAGUGUUUGGAGCUACCAUUGCACCUAACGGCUUCUACACCGGUGAACCCAAAGAGUCCCCUGCACCACCAGUAGACGGAGUCGACUACGAAUACGCAGACCAGCUUAUCGGAGCCAACGGAGACUACCUGGGAGACAACUUAGGAGAAGACGGUCAGAUGCAACCCAGCUGCAGUCAGAGGAGGUGGCAACAGGGGCCCCCACAACAUCCAGACGGGAAAAUGGUUGGCCCUGAUCGUCACAGCCUGCAAGGUGGUGAUGUGUCCUCAUCCCAUGUCAAAGGGGAAGGGGUGAACUCUGGGAUGUCCUCAUGUGUCCACAUGCUUAACAAUAUGGCUCCCAGAGGUGGUUUGGUGCAAGUGGAUCCAGCCACCCUCAGAGGCACCAACAAAAACUGUGCAGAGUGUGAACGGGAAGCAUCCAACCAGCAGCAAGCAAACACACAUGUUCACCCUCCGCCCCCCCAGGUGGGCCACAGAGGAGGGGAGCAAGGCCACAGAGGACUGCCGGGCCAGCGCCCUAUGGGGGGCCACGGUCGAGGUGGCAGAGAGGAUGAAGAAGAGGUAGAACACCAGGGCAACAAUAUGAUGAAGCCCACACAGCAGGAGGAAGCCAUCAGCAGCUACUUCCAGACCAGUGAAGUAGGCAGCUAUGAUUCGGCAGAAAUGGGCAUGGGGGCUGAGUAUGAAGACGGCAGUCAGAGCAUGAUGUGGACGGAUGGCAGUGGAGGAGGGCAGCACCAGCAGCCUCAGCACCCGCAGCCUCCUCGUCGGCACGGCGGCCGCAGAGUUGACCGGCUAGAUAUCAACAUCCAGAUUGAUGAAUCUUACUGUGUAGACGUGGGAGAUGGCCUGAAACGCUGGAAGUGCCGCAUGUGUGAUAAAUCCUACACCUCCAAGUACAACCUGGUCACACACAUCCUGGGCCACAAUGGCAUCAAACCGCACGCCUGUCCACAUUGCGGGAAGCUCUUCAAGCAGCCCAGUCAUCUUCAGACCCACCUGCUGACCCACCAAGGUACACGGCCCCACAAGUGCACCGUUUGCAAGAAGGGCUUCACUCAGACCAGCCACCUGAAGCGACACAUGCUCCAGCACACCGACGUCAAACCCUACAGCUGCCGCUUCUGCCGCCGAGGCUUCGCCUAUCCCAGUGAGCUGCGAGCACACGAGGUGAAACACGAGCGUGGACGCUGCCACGUCUGCUCGCAGUGCGGCAUGGAGUUCCCCACCUACGCCCACCUCAAACGCCACCAGACCAGCCACCAGGGCCCCCACACUUUCCAGUGCACCGAGUGCAACAAGUCGUUUGCCUACCGUAGCCAGCUCCAGAACCACCUCUUGAAGCACCAGAGCCCGAGGCCUUACACCUGCUCCCAGUGUGGCCUGGAGUUCGUGCAGCUCCACCACCUACGUCAGCACUCGCUAACUCAUAAGGGGAUGAAAGGCCACAAGUGUGACGUGUGUUCACGGGAGUUCACCCUGUCAGCCAACCUGAAGAGGCACAUGCUCAUCCACAACAGCGUCAGACCCUUCCAGUGUCACGUCUGCUUCAAGAGCUUCAUUCAGAAACAGACUCUGAAGACCCACAUGAUCGUCCAUCUGCCUGUGAAGCCAUUCAAAUGCAAGGUAUGUGGCAAGUCUUUCAACAGAAUGUACAACCUGCUGGGCCACAUGCAUCUACAUGCCGGCAGCAAGCCCUUCAAGUGUCCUUACUGCACCAGUAAGUUCAAUCUGAAGGGAAACCUCAGCAGGCACAUGAAGGUCAAGCACGGGAUGGACGUCUCACCAGAAGGACAAGAAGUUCUUCCAGAAAUGGAAAGUCAGGGGGAGUAUGAAGGACAGAACUUCAGCUUUACGUCACCAGAGAAUAUGGACAAUGGUGGCUCCCAAAACCUCACUAAACUCACUACGGCGAACAUGGAGGACAUGGAGGAGUAUUAUAAUUUCGGGAAGGAUACGAGCACCUACACUACACCCUGAGCGGUGAUGGACCAGCGAACAUGUGUUUUUUUUCUUUAAAGGCAGAAGGAAAUUACAGAGUUGUUGUAAAAGCUUCGGGAGACACUGGGGAAGGGGUUUUCAUUUAGUUUUGGCCUCCUUCCAGAAGGGCCAGAACUGCCGGACUCCGAUGGGAGGCCAGGAAGGAGAUGCACUUCACAGGAGACGUUUCAGCUCUGUUGCUGAUGGCAGAGACACUGGAACUGUUGACGCACUCUGCAGCUCCUUUUUUGGGAUUACUGCGCUUACCGACUCAAAAGACUCAUUGGCGGACAGUCGAAUCUGUAUGUUGUGUGUAUGUAUCAGUUAUCUGAGAAAAAAAAAAAAGAUAAAAAAGCAGAGCCAUCAGUUACAUUUGAUGUGAUAGAAAUUAGUUUAACAUUUUGCCAUUUUUGUCAUUCACAACCAAUGUAUGCCCUUAUAUUUUUGAAUGAAAGUGCCAGAUAGAUUUGCAACUAAGCUUCCACCGUGUCAGCUAUUUAAUCACUGUAUAUCGAACUUUUGAUACAUAGUCACAACAUAUUCAUAAGUUUGAAUGCUCUUACUAAACAGUUCCUAAUUGUAGUUACCCUCAGUUUGAACAGGACAGUCGUUCAAUGAAUUUGUGCUAUUUGCACGGGACAUUAAAGCCUUUCUCUUGGCAGGGCACUUCCUACCAAAGUUGCUACUGUCUCAUGUCGGCUGUUACCAGGAAACAAUAUUACCGACAUGUAAAGCCCCCUCACUGUACAAAUGAUUCAACAUGCAGUGUGUUUACCCGCAGUUUUCUGUUUCACAUGGCUUACCUUAACAUUAAUAAUCUGUCCUGUGAAGUGAAUAUACUGCUCUACCUUUGAAAUACUGAGUGAACAAUACAAAAGCACUUUUUCACUGAGACCCAUCAUUUUUUUGUGAAGCCUUUCUUGGAGAAGAGCUGAGGGAAGUAAGAUUGUAGAAUCUUGCAAACCUCCAUAAUGGCAAUAUUACUAAACACAAACAGAUAUUCUUUCUCACUGGGUUUUUUGGUAAACAGCAGUUUUCUUGAUAAGGAUAUGUCACAGUUUUGAGUUCAAAUGCGAACUGAAGAAUGAGCAGUUUGUUCAGAGAAUCAGCAGUCUUGUUGUUUGUUGUUUCAGCACUCUUAAAUUCAGGGCUGUUUUCACUUUGCUUUCAAUUCAGUUAAUUCAGAAAACCACGUUCAACCCUCCAAACAAACAAAAAAAAACAAACAAGGCAAAUGUCAAUUCCAGUCUGUGGAUGUAAAAGAAGAAAAGAAUCUGUUUGGAGUCCCCUGUUACAUUUUGAAUAACUGAAUUGAAAGUGGACUGACUGAGUCCUGUUAUUCAUCCUUCUGUUUUGGGGAAAACGCUCAGCUCCCCCUGAUCUGCCAUGCAGGUCAGCCUUGAUAUGCACACUAAGCCAGAAGAAUGGUCUUUUAGUUCUUUUUUGAAAUGGGAAAUAUCAAACUGAGACCUCAUGGAAAUUGACCAUGAAUUAUUUAAUAAAGGUUCUCUAGUUUAAACGAUGGA